CCUGCGCACUCUCAACCAUCAACUUUCUGUUAAGACGCAGACCUCUGAUGCAACUUUGAAGCAGAAGAGCGAAGUCAUCAGUCGUCUGGAGGAAAAAGCAAAUCAAAUGGCUGCGACAAUCAAGCAACUGGAGCACAGAUCCAGACAGGCGGAGAAGGAGCGUGACCUCGCAGAUGAGGCCAACCGCUUCUUCAAGCAGGAGUUUGGGGACAAAAUCGAGAGUCUACAACUGGAGGUGGAGCAGCUGACCAAGAAAAAGGCUUGUCUGGAGCAGGAACUAAAGAAAGAGAGGCAACGCAAGAGUGGCCCUAAUGAUGCUGUUCCUAUGGAAGUGAAACCCUCACUGCUGGAAAGGGAUGUCAACAGGCAAAUGGAUGACAUGAGAAAGGAGCUAGAGGUAGUGAGGAAGGAAAAUGUUCAUUUGCGAACAGUGUUGGAGGAAAAGGAGAGUCUUAGUUCUAGCAUGUCACUGUCACAAAAUGAAGAGGAACAGGAUCAGUCAGUGACUGAAGACAAUCAGCCCUCUGUCUGUAAUAUGUGUGAAGAGGAGGAGUCCUUGAUUAGACCCAAGAAACUUUGUAACAACUGCAGAGAAGUGUUCUGCGAGAGCUGCCUUGCCAACGAGCUGCCGUUACCGUCUUCAAUCAGCCCCGUUCAAGUCUGCAACCAGUGCCACUCAAAGCUACUGCACCAGUAUUCCUCCAGUCCAUCUUGA